AUGGAUUUCAGGGGGAUGAAGUGUGAUGGGGGGGAAGUUCCCUGGUUUCCCAGAGUUGAAAGAUUGUGGGGCAGAAAGAACGCAGUGAAUGCGACUACGAUGGAGGAAACAAUGAAGACGGAGAAGGAGAAGAUAAAGAUGCAGACGGGGGAGGAAAUAGGAGAGAGGAGAAAGAGAAGAGGACGACAGGAGGAGGAAAGUGGCCGGUGA